UUUUUGUCUAACAAAAAGCACGUGCGUUUUUAAUCAUGAUUUGUGCGCACGUUACGUUUUACAUGAAGCUUGAUUUGCAUUUAAUUUGUUAGCUGCUCAAUUUUUUUAUUGGCGUUUUAGUUUUUAAAAUAUGUCUCCUAUAGUAGAUCAAAAUCACGACAUCAGUUCAUCAGUACAUUCCAUAAAGAGCGAUACCAAUGUGUUAAACUUGGAUCAAGAGAGGUCGCCCUACAACAGUCCCCCGCCAGUUGAUAAUUUCAGCAACCUGAAAGACUCCAUUCUAGUAGCUGGAAACCGAAACGAAGUCGCUGCUGCUACUGUUGCAGAGAAAAACGAACACAUUGUCGCCAAAAAUGGAUUUCUGGACGACAAACUUAUGCAACAUGGAUUGUGUAAUAUUGGCAAAAUGGCCGACGGGUACAAUUUUGUUUUCCUAGACUUGUACCUGCCAGCGAUGGAGAUCAAGAACAUCGAAACACUGCAGGUGAUGACUAACCUACAAAACGUUAACCUGAUGCACAACAAAGUAUCGGAUCUUUCACCCUUGAACUCAUUGUCUUAUCUGCUGAGUUUAAACGUAUCAAACAACGUCAUACAGUCUCUAGACAGUCUGGCAGGGCUAAAGAACCUACGAAAUCUGGACGCAUCGAACAAUGUAUUGGCAUGUAUUGGUGACAUGAGUCGCUUUCCGGCGCUGGAGAACCUUAACUUGAACAACAAUCAAAUAGCCCGAAUUGAGGGCUUAGAACACAACACUCGCCUAAAGGUUCUAGAUUUAAGUGCAAACCAGCUGACUUCACUGGAAAUUUGUAAAACUGGAAUUUUGGAAUUGUAUCUUUCCGCCAACAAGAUCGCUUCUCUAGAAUCGAUUCAAAAUUUGGAGUCGUUGCAGGCGUUGGACAUUUCAUACAAUGCUCUAGCUAAUUUGAAGGGACUUGAAAACAGACGAUAUUUAAUGAAAAUUGACGCCCAGAAUAACAACAUAGUCGAUUACGAUGAUUUAGAACCAGUGUUCAUAGGGAAUCGUUUGCUACGAGAACUUAAUUUGCGCAACAACCCAAUUCAAGACAAAGAUGACUACCGGUUCGCUAUUUUGUAUCGGUGUUCGGAGCUGACCUCUCUCGAUAAGCACAAGGUACAACCCGAGGAAAAAGUGUCUGCUAUGAAUUUGUUCAACCCGCCACCCGAAGUAGUAGCAGCACGUGACCAUAUCAAUCACGUGGUCUACAAAUACCUGCAACCGGCUAAGCUUCGAGAAUGCACGCUUCCGAGUUUGGAAACGCCUUACCCUAUUUUAGUGCUUAGUGGUCCUCAAGGAUGCGGCAAAAUUGAACUGGCAGCUCGUCUAGCUCAGGAGUUUCCAGAUUUUUUUGGAUACCUUCCUAAUCAAGUGCUGAGCAUGACCAACGAUAAUUCAGUAUAUGGCCAAGAGCUGCAACAGAAUAGCCACCCGGGUAUCUCGGCCGAUGAAUUCGUAAACAUGAUUCAAGAAGGUCGCUUCGUGUCAACUUACAGCGACGGGUUCCGAACACUGGGUAUCAUGUAUGACGCGAUCGACAGUAUUGCAAGUGAAGGACUAGCCUGUGUGACGCACAUGGAAUACGAAGGAAUUCUAUCGUUCAAAAAGUCAUUUUUCGAACCAAGGUAUCUCUUGCUGAUCCCCAAGACUGAGGAGGUGCACGAAGAAAGACUCAAAACGUACUACCAAAUGAGCGACGAAGAGGUGAGAAGCGCCUUGUUGCGCCGCGAUGUGUACAUGAAAGUCAACCAGGAGAACCCUGGCUUUUUCGACCAAGUUAUUGACGCUGAUGACAUUGAAGAAGCCCUCCAAUCUCUGACAUCGAUCGUCAAAGAAUACCUGGGACUACCGCCCGACUAUGUAGCCAGCCGUGAACUGAGUUCGGGCCCAGGUCGGGAUUUUACUAAGCGAAAUAGUCUGGGCGGAACGAACGUGGUGAGCAAUGUCCUGCGGUACAAAGUAUCGGGCGGGAAGAACCAAAGUGGUCGACAAGUUUCCAUUCGCGAAGGGAUGACCGAAACCGAAUUGAGGUCGUACGAGAGACGAGAAAGUGCGUUACGAGAGGGUAUUCGUGAAAAUGAUCUUUCACCAGAGUCAGCUUACGGGGGAACGAAUACCAUAUAUGGUAAGCCUUACACAGCGCCGGCCGCAUUCGAGGGUAACUUGGGUCAUAAUCGAGACUUUCCCACUUCAAAUGACGGAGACGAGCAAAACGAGUUCAACGAAGCUACGAAUGGCGAUCGUGACGAGCAACGAGAAGACGAAGAUUACGAAGCGGACGAAUCAAACACGCCGAUUGAGCGACCCGAGUUAGGAAAUCAUUCAAAAGAACGACUGCAAGAGCGAGCCUCUGCACUAUUGGACGACGAGGCGCUACUUGAGAACGAAGUGCAAGUUUUGUUUGGCAAGGCGGGAAAAUCGGUCGAAGGCAACAUCGAAAAUUUGCAUGAGGCUAAAAAUUUGAUCAAAAGUUACUUUGAAUCCAAUCUGUUUGAGUUCCGUUUUGCCGAGGAGGACAACAAGAAGUUUGAAGUUUCGUUUCAAAGCUACGCGGAGACUGACGGCCAAUUGGACAUGACUUUUGACGAGUUCAAAGGAUGGUUCGUCUACAUGUUGCGCAUGAUCAAAUACGGACUGUACGCCGACAACAACUGAAAACAAAAAUUUGCUUCUAAUCAAAAACAGCGCAAGGAAAAAAUCUUUUGUCUAAGCAAAAAAUACCGGUAACCAACUGAGAUAAUUCAAUCAAAUUUUCUAUUUUGUUCGAAGCAAUAUGAAACAACAAAGACGAACUAACAAUGUUUAGAAAAAUCUCUAAAAGGUUCAGUUUUGAUGCCAAGCUCUUUUAUCAAAAUCAAUUGCAAUUUAACUACAAAAAUUACCAACUCGAAUGUCUCCACGUAAGUAAUUUGACUUUAUACGCUCAAAAGAAAAUUUAUGGGUCGAUCAACUAAAAAAAUUUUGAAUUGAUUUAACUGAAUUUUAUUUCAUUG